UUGUUUCAGUUUAGAUUCGCACGUCGACCCGUCGUGAAGUCAGAACAGCGUGCGCGUACAGCCAGAACCAUCACCCCACGGAGAACAUCAAAGACACAGCUACUUGCUCCAACAUGCAGCACUGCAACUGGGAUCGCAGCAUCCCGAACGUGUUUACACCGAGUCCUUAUAACUCUUCCUUCUACAUUGACGACAUCCUAAGCGCAGGAACACAGAAGCCCCAACCUACUCUCUGCGCCUCGACGAUCUGCGAGCCACCGAAACCUCACUGCAUCUCACCGCCUUUUCAUUUCUCUACGCCACGAACUUACGCUAAUAUCAGUAGUCCGUUCACUCCGUACUCAAGGCCGUUCGCCUUCCAACCAGCGAGCUUCCAAGCGCCUGCUAUCCCGAGCGUUUACGAGGCGUACAGCGAUCACAGUGCGUGGAAUCUUUUCCUUCCGAAGCCACAGAAAAAGAAAGGAGGACAAGUCAGAUUCUCUAACGAACAAACGAUGGAGCUGGAAAAAAUCUUCGAAACACAGAAAUACCUGUCCCCACCAGAGAGAAAACAGUUAUCGAAAGUCCUAGGACUGUCAGAACGACAAGUAAAAACCUGGUUCCAAAAUCGACGAGCGAAAUGGCGAAGAUUCAAGCAAGAGUCCCAAGGUGACAGGGCCGAGAAAUCAGAGAAUGAAGAAACGUGCAAACACGAGAAAGAUGCAUGAAUAACAGGACUUUAAACUCUAACACUUUGUUGGCGAGGUUUGCGCGGGCUAUUCCCGAUGACGACUUUGCACUGACAAUCGUGCGGGUAUAGAGUAUAUUUAGAGGCGAUUCCUAUGUAUCGUAUAAAGUAUAUUGAGUUUUGGAUGGUCCGAUAAUAGGCCAUUCCAGUUAUAGAGUGAGCGGGACUGUAAUGAAUACCAGAGAGAAAUGAUUGAAAAACAGUGUAAGAUUUCCUGUUCUCCCGUGUAGAGAAGCCCCUCUGCAACGAGAAAUAGGGGUAUUUCUGCGCUGGGAAAGUAACAUCGACAACAGACAAUAAAACUUUUUUGAUAACGAUUAACAAUAACAUCAGUUAUCGCUAGAAUAUAUUCUGCACACACGAGGCGAAAAUCUAAUGCUUUGACAAACUUUCCAAAUCCCAACAUAUUCUUAAUCACACUCGAACAAUUUCAAGACAAUCGCGAUUAAAACGCACAAUUGCGUCCACACAUUAUUCAAUUACGAAACCUUUUAAGAAGGUCAGGAUUAAAUGGUUCUUAUUCUUACAAUCUGCGCUAAACGUUUUGUUGUAUAUAUUCACACUACAGUAAGGGAUGUAAUAUUGAUUUGAUUUACAAUUACUGUAAUUAUUUUCUGAGAAAAUAAAUCAUGGCAAACAAAACGCAAA